AUGGCGAAGAAAGAGGAGCUCACCGGGCGAUUCUCCAGCUGGGCGUCGCACGCCGUCGCACAGUCGCAGCUGGGCAUCGCACUCCUGCUUCUGCCGCUGCUCGCGUGCGUCGUCCUAUGGGGCUCCUUCCGCGCGCGUGCGCCGAUCGCAGGGGGCUGGGGGGAAGACGCUCAAACGGGUUCCCAAGCGGACCAAUGGAGCGUGAGCGUCUUUGCAAGGGGAGCGGGAAACGAGAGCGAAUCUCUGGAAGCGGCGGGGAUUGCGGGCGUGAACAGGCGAUGGGGGCCUGUUGGCAGCGAGAUGGGCGCGGGAGAAGCGCGGAAAGUUGCUGUCGAGGCGACUCGAGAGACAUCGCGAGAGGGGGAGGCGCGAGAGUCGACGGCAAGUUUGAAGGCCAUUGACGGACAGGCGGAGGGCGUUGACGGAGGGGAAGAGGCGGAGGGCGAGGGGAUAGUUGGGAGUGUAGAGGGAGGAGGGGUGAAGGAGAGAGGCGAGGGACAAGGAAAGGGGAGAGAGUCUGCUGGGGACGCCGCGAGAGGCGGGGAAGACAGUGGUUCGGGUGGUGGGGGAGAGGGAAUAGGGGCGAGGGGUGGAGAAGGGGGAGGGAAGGAGGAAAGGAGCAGCAUAGGUGGGGUGAAAGGCGGGGAAUUGGAGGGAGGUUCGGCCGAAGGCUCGGAGGGAGGUUCGGAGGAAGGAGGGCAAGAAGGAGAGGAUUUGUUGGUUGGGUGUGAAGAGAUGAUGAAUGAAGGUUUGAGUGAUAGUAGCGGGGGCGAGGAGGGGGGAGAGGAAGGGGGAGAUAAGGGGGGAGAUAAGGAGAAGGAUGAGAGGGGAGAGGAGGGGGGAGAGGGGGGACGAGAGGACGGGGGAGGGAAGGAGAUGGAUGGGAGGGGAGAGGGGGAGGGAGAAAAAGGGGGAGAGGAGGAGGGAGGGCAAGAAGGAGAGGACUUGUGGUUGGGUGCGGUCGAAAGGGGAGUGCAGGAGGAGGCGGACGCGGGAGGAGUGCGGGUGGGCAGCAAUGCAAGGGACAAGAGAAGCGGAGGUAGGGAUGAGAGCAACAGUGGUGGGGGCAGCAGUGGUGGCAGCAGUGGUGACAGUAGUGGUGGCGCCAAGGGUGUCGUUUACGGGAGUGAGAUUGGUGGGGCGCGCAAUGGGGACGGUGGUGGGGACGCCAAGGGUGAUUCUAACGGGGGAAUGGGAGGGCUGUUGGAGGGGUGGCCACAGCAGGUGGUGCGAGGAAGAAGGGAGGAGGGCGCAAGGAGAAGAUUCAACUGGAUGAUCCUGGUCCCUCUCACCCGCUACCGGGCGCAUGGGUCCCCGACCCCAGCCCUCCUCUGUUCACAAGCAACACAUGCUCAACACUUCCCAUUCCCCUCCCCCCUUUCCCAUUGCAGUCCCUCUCACCUGCUAUCGGGUGCCUCUCGCCUGCGACCUCUACCGUGGCUCGUGGGUCCCGGACACCAGCCCGCCACUCUACACCAACGCCACGUGUCCCAACAUUACUCGCCACCAGAACUGCCAGGGCAACGGCGCCCGGACAGCCAGUACGAGCGCUGGCAGUGGCGGCCGGAGGGGGCGGCGUGUGCGCUGCCGCGCUUCGAUGCAGAGGAGUUCAUGAGGGUUUAUGCGCGGUAG